AUGUUUAACAAAAGUUCGUACAGUAAAGUGAAAUUUCAAGAUCAACAACUUGAUGAUUAUGUUCUUGAGAACUCUGUAUUAAAAAGCAAAUUACAAAGUAAAAUAGAUGCUCUGUCAAUAAUGAGUAGAGAACUAGACAAAAGUAGUAUGGAAAGAGAUAGAUAUAAAUUAUUAGUUGAACAACUUACGUCCAAGAGGGCAGCCCCUUUAAAGUCUAGUCCAGCUUACAGUAACACUGCAUAUAGAUUGACCCCCACAAAUACUAUCAGUGGUGUUGAGAUGCUAGCUAAGACUCAAGAACACAACAACAUGUUGAAACUAGAAGUUGAAUCCCUUAAAAGUAAGUUAGAGGAAGCUACUGGUGAUAUCUUAGCUCUAAGGAAGCAAUUGCAGAAGAAGGAAUCUGGUCUUGCAGAGGUAGAUGGAAAUAACAAAAUAUAUGGUAUAUUCACCUAUUCCAAUAAGGAUUAUGAGCAACUUGUUAGUGAACUAGAGAAAAUUCAUAAAAAGUAUCGACAAAUACAGUUAGAUUAUAGAGCUACAUUAGAUGAAAAAGAGGAAUUGAUAUCUGACAGAGACUAUUACAAAACCAAAGUGCAGAGAUUAAAUCAACAAAUUAGCUAUAUUUUAACCAAUAGAGUACAAGUUCAAGAUGGAAAAGAUAUCAAUCUGCCAAAACCUAUUGUUGACCUUGAUGCUUUAGUAACUGAAAAUAAAUAUUUACAUGAAAGAAUAACACAACUACAAAUUGAAAAAGAAAUCGUUAAACGUACAUUAACAAAAUAUAAGACACUUUUGGACAAUAGAAAUAAAAAUAAUUUUUCGCACAUUAAGAAAGGAUUUGCAGAUGUUAUGACCCAAAAGCAAGUGCGUGAAUUCCUGGAUAACAUUAAUUCUAAGAAUAGCAUGAAACAAGCUUCUGCUAGCGAAUUAAAGUCUUUGUGUCUUGGGUUGUUUGAAGCAUUGAAUGACAAGUCUAUUGCACUUCAACAUCAGAGGAAGACUAAUCAGAUUCUAGCAAACAGAAUAGCUGAACUUGAAAAAACAUUAGAAAGUUGGUGCAAUGGUCAGAAGUAUAUUCCAAUAUUUCCAUCAGAAAUGUUAAUGGAUGAGUUUCUGACUGAUUCGGAGAAAUCUGUUCAGUCAAAUGAAUCGAAAGAAAAAGAAAAGUCUCAUGAAAAUAAUGAACAUAACAAGUGCAAGUAUUCUGACAGUGAUGAUGAAAUGAAUAAAGAAAAUAGUGAUGGCUCUUCUGUGGGCUUUAGAAACAGUUAUGGCAAUGAUGAUGAUGGCCAACAAAAUGGGGAAAAUCAAAGCAUGUCUAAAACAGUCCUGCCCCAAGAACUAGAAGAACUAGUGAAAGAAGCUCUCGCUCAGUUAAAAAUGUCAGAGUUGAACUAA